AUGUACGAUUCGGAAACCGUUCAGAAAGUAUUCAGUGUUGAAGGGACCGACGGAGGUCACGGUAGAUUGAUGGCAAGCAGGUAUCAGUUGACUUUUUGCCGGCGGACUUACCUGGACGAUGCCCCAGCUGGUGCUGCACAGAUCGUGAUCCCGGCUGAGACCGACACAGGUGGCUUCACACACUUCCUGCUUUACGCCUCGUCGGCUCUGGCGGAGCAGUCGACACCGUCAUUCCUCCGUUUUGACGACUUGCGAUCGAGAGUUGCGAGCCUGAGCUUCGUGGACUUGGAUCUCGACGCAGGUGAGCUGGGCGGCACGAUCAGUUGGACAGCUGUUUUUGACAAGCAGUUGAUCGCUUCGUACAACAUCUACCUGGCCACAAGCUAUGAAGGUGAUGGCAGGGAGCUCCAGCUUGUGUCCACGGAGCUCAGCAUUCUACUUCCUCCAGAAACAUCCUUGAGGCACUUCACGCAUCUCGUGGUCUACGCUGCAUCAGAGCUGGCAGAGCAGACAACACCCGUCGCACUUCUACUUUCAGAUGUACAAGCUUCUGUGGCCAAUGUGUCGUUGUCAGACUAUGAUCUGGACGAGCACGAAAUUGGUGGCACCCUGGUAUGGGAUGAACCAAGCAACACUGAGCAGGUAACCCACUACAUUGUCUACUUCGCAGACUACAACAUGACCAACGAUUCUGACAUCCGUUCCUUGGUUGCGGGUCUCAUCCCCUUUACCUGCAUCGCUGAGCAGCGCCCGCACCCAUCGACUAGGUCCGGCAUUUCACAGCCAGGUAGGAUCAACACAUGCACAUGCAAAGGUGCCUACUUCCAGAAUGUCUCUGUUGGCAAUGACAGCCUUACGGUCCAGCCAGAGACUCCUUUGAUCAACUUUGCCAAUGUCGUUCCACGAUCAACCCACGUUGCCAUCUAUACACUCUCCCUGCUGGUGGAACAGAGUACACCGGCUACGCACGCCAUAGUGGAUGCGUUUGCAACGGUUUCCGGCACGCUCUUUGUCGACAAGGACUUGGACGGAGAGGAAAUCGGCGGUCGAAUGUCAUGGCAGCUGCCUGCACAACUAGAGAAGGUGAUCCAGUACAAUGUCUACUUUGCACAGGGCGCAGAUGGACUCAACAGGCACCUGACUAACUAUAACAUCAGCAUCGUGAUGGGCUCGGAUGCAGAUGCUGGCGCAUCAGGAGCUGAUGACGAGGGCUACCUGGACAUCCCGCCGGACACUGCGCUGCAGUCCUUCUCACACCUGCUGGUUUACACUCGCUCGGUGCUUGUCGAGCAGAGCACACCCGACUCUUUCCUCAUCAGCGACGCAGAAGCCACGGUCCAAAACGUCAGCUUUCCAGACGAAGACUUGGAUCUUGGGGACUUGGGCGGCGUCUUGGAGUGGGUCGAGCCAGAGGAGGUGUCGCAGGUCACGCACUACAUGGUGUACCUGGCAGAGCUUUCUGGCGAUCCAGGUGCGGACAUCAACAUCAGCAACGACAAGGUGUUGGUGGCCGUGAUCUCCGGGUCUUUCUCCUUUGCCUUGGUCGGCGCGACAGCUUCUCAGGUUGUCGAUGCAGCCAUUGCAGCCUUGGGAUCUGCCCUGGGCGUGGACCCCUCGGCGGUGGAGGUUCAGGUGACACAGUCGGCACGACGCCUUGCACGAGCAAAGAAAGCUACCGGCCGCCGACUUGCCAUCUCCUGGUCCGUGGUUUACCAGGUCCUCGUGUCCGCCGAUGCUGCUGCGUCCGUGUCCGAGGCUGCACGGGCCCAACGCGCGGACCUGGCUGCGUUCCGAGCCAUCCUGGCCCCAGAGCUCGAAGCCGUCGGGGUGAGCACGUCCUCCGUGUCGUCGCUGGCAAUCUUGGACUUUGCCGAGGUCUCGGUGGAGAUAACAGAGCUGGGUGCGGCCCUGGCAAUGCUCAACACAACCUCAGACCCAGACCCCGCUGCUGAGGACUCUGACAUCGAUGGCUUCAACAACUUGACACUCCAGGAGCGCAGGCUUUCAACCAUCACUGGAACGAGAUCUCUGGCACUUGGUUGGUUCCGGGAGUUCUUUGCCAAGGCCUUGUUGGGCGAUGACAACGUGACUGUGCCCCCUGAGACUUCCAUCGGAAACUACACGCACUUUCUGGUCUAUACAGCUUCCGGUCUCGCAGAGCAGACCACCCCCGCUGCGCUAGAAUUGGCAGACGAGUCCGCGAGUGUCUCCAAUGUAACUUUUGUCGAUCUGGAUCUCGAUGCCACCGAAGUGGGAGGAACCAUCGUGUGGGAUCUCCCGGAAAACCGAGAGCACGUGGAAGAUUACCUGGUGUAUUUCGGAGAGGACCACCUGGGACUGGCAAGAUCCCAGCUGGAUCAGGCCCUUUCGAAGGGGAUAACCAUGUUGCCGCUCUUGCCGGAAACGCCAAAGCUGAAUUACAGUCAUGUGCUGGUGUACACACGUUCGACGAUUGUGGAACAGACGACUCCGGCUUCCAGCAGAUUGCUCGACGAAGCACCUGUGGUGCGGAGCAUUCGCUUCCCGGACUUAGAUUUAGAUGCGGCAGACCUUGGUGGAGAGCUUUCCUGGUCCACAAGCGAUGAGGCACUGGUAGAGGCCUAUAUGGUGUACCUAGCAGGGCCUGCAAACGGAGCCCUUUGCGACCGGGUCAGUGGCGUCGGAGACGCGGAGCUGUGCCGCUACUUCCUGACUAACGCAUCGGCUCCCGAAUCUAGCCUAGACAUAGCCCCGGAGACGCCCCUGGCCAACAAUGGCCUUGUGCUCAUCUACUUGCAAUCCUCCCUCGCCGAGCAGACCACUCCCUUUGCGCACGAAAUCAACGACACCAUCGCCAGUGUUUCUCAGGUGUCUUUCGACGACCUAGACCUUGACCUGGAGCAAUUUGGUGGUAUCAUCUCGUGGACGGAGCCACCAGAACCUGAACCAGUGGAGGGAUACUGGCUCUACUUCAAGGAUGACUACAGCCGCUCCCAACUUUCAGUGCUGACACCAGGAAUCGACUCUUUCUCAUUACCUGCCGAAACAAGCUACGGAGGAGGACAGAUUGCAAUCUACACCAAGUCGAGCCUUGUAGAGCAAACAACCCCUGUGGCUUUGAACCUUUCAGACACCAUCGCUAUUGUAGGGAACGCCUCUUUUCCGGACUUUGACUUGGACAGGGGCGACGUUGGGGGCCUAUUCUCCUGGGAGCCACCAUCAGACACGUCCAAAGUCACGCACUAUGUGAUUUACAUGGCCAGGCAGCACGACAACGAGUCCGAAGAGUGCUACGAAGACGUGGUUCAGAUGGCGGCGAUCACCGGCAGCUUCACUUUCUCCGUGCCGGCCACUCUCGAGCAGGUGGAGCAGGCAGCGCGUCUAGCUGUGCUCGCAGCUUUGCCGGGAAUCGAUCCGAAGAACCUCGAAGUGACGGUCACGAGGACGAGCCGACGCCUCGCAGCUGAGAUGCGGCGCCUCUCUCUCUCCAGCUUCUGGCAGGUCAGCUACGAGGCCGCCGUGUCCCUGGAGGCGGUCUUGACAACCUCCGCGGCGGCAGUGGCGUUGAGCUCGGCACCCGCAUCCUUUCAGACAGUCUUGGCUGUGGCGCUGCAGGCGGCUGGGGUGUCCAGCCUGGUGACCAGCGGAAGCCUCUCUGUGCUGUCUUUCUCCCGCCUUGCGGUGGACACCGUGGACACGGCCCAAAUCCUGCAGCGCUUUGCGAUCACAGCCGCAGCUGUCGCAGCCAAUGCCAGUGACGAGGAUACGGAUGUAAUCUCCAACAUCUCCAGAAGGCUGUCUUCGGCUUUCGAAGUAUCCGAUGAAUCCGAUGGCCUUUUUGAGGACUCGGAUGCAGUCCUCCGGCAGCUGUCAGGUCGCAACACCGGACUCUUUUCCUUGAGUCUCAGCUGGUGUCGCAAGUUUGUCGGGAGUACGCUGGAGAGCGAUACAGCACUCACAAUUCCUCCAGAAACACGUCUCGCAAAUUGGACACACUACCUUGUGUAUGCUGCCUCCAGCCUAGCAGAACAAAGCUAUCCAAGAGCGCUGCAGAUUGCGGAUGAAGACUCCAGUGUUUCCUCCAUGUCGUUUUUAGGACAGGACCUUGACUUUUACGAUUUGGGUGGACGCUUGUCUUGGGAGCCGCCGAACUCGACCGAGCGUUUGGCGGCCUACCGCAUCUACCUCGCCGAGAGUGCCUUAGGUUUCGGCCGAUCGCAAAUCGGUCCCACGGAGCUGGCUCCGGAGGUUCUCUUCUACGAUGUGCCGGCGAACACACGGAGAGAGAACUUCACCCACUUCACCGUCUUCACGAAGUCACUCCUCGUGGAGCAGACGACGCCUGCAUUCCUGGCCAUUCAAGACGAGGCAUCCCGAGCCAACAACGUCUCCUUCGUUGAUGACGAUCUCGAUGAGGGGGAAAUCGGAGGAAAUCUUACGUGGCUUUCCGCUGAAGAUGACUCCGAGGUGGUGGACUACGUUAUCUACCUCGCGGAGGAUCGAUAUGGGACCAACCGGACGCUGCUUGGAAAUGUCAGUCGAGAUGAGCUUAGCUUCGCUGUUCCAGACAACACUCAGCUGCUGAGCUUUACACACUUGUUGGUCUUUGGCCGGUCGCCUCUGGAAGAGCAAACAACUCCUUCCUCAGUGGUCAUUAUCGAAACCAUCGCUAGCGUGACAAACGUGUCCUUUACGGAUUUGGACUUGGACGCCGGUGAGCUUGGCGGCACGGUGACUUUCGUGCCGCCAACAUCGUCCGAACGUGUGGUGAGCUACGUAGCAUACCUUGCGACAAGCUUCGGCGACUCCACAAGCUACGCUCCAAGCUACCGGUCACAGCUGGGAGACAUCGCGGUUGGUGUGGACUCGGAGAUCGCAGAGAUCCUCCCGGACACAGCUUUGGCCAACUUUGCUCAAGUGUUGGUUUACACAAAGUCGAGGCUUGCCGAGCAGACGACUCCCAGUGCCUUUGCCCUUCAGGACAACAAUGCCUCUGUUUCCUCGGUUCUCUUCGUCGACUUGGACCUGGACCUCGGUGACAUCGGAGGGCCUAUUUCAUGGCUGCCACCAUUAGACACCUCGCUGGUCACACACUUCGAGGUAUACUUCUCCAACAGCACAGUCGGCGAAUGGAGGGAGCACUAUGCUACGCUGCCAGCGGGAACAACAGUGCUUCAGAUACAUGCGGAGAAGAACUUGAAGAGUGAUGAGGCAUAUAUCUCGCAUCUCUUGGUCUACACGAGGUCGGCCCUUGUGGAACAGUCGACGCCCAGCAUCCAUCGGAUUGCAGACGAGUUUGCUAGCGUUUCGAACAUUUCUUUCAAAGAUCUGGAUCUGGAUCGUCAUGAGAUUGGUGGCUUGGUGACGUGGGAGUCUCCAAACAAGCCAGAUCUUGUGGAAGGCUACCACCUGUACUUUGCCGAUUCAGAAGAUGGUUUCUACCGUUCGCAAGUCGACGAAGGAGUGCCAGUGAACAUCACCGCGCUGGACAUCCUCUACGAUACCCCUCGCCAAAACUUCAGCCACCUUGUAGUCUACACAAGGUCCUCACUCGCCGAGCAGACAACUCCGGUUGCAGCAACACUUCUGGACACAUUUGCAACAGUGUCCAACCUUACCUUCGCAGACUACGACUUGGAUGCUGCGGAUAUCGGCGGGCCCCUGACAUGGGAUCCUCCGGGUGAUGUCUCGGAAGUGGUGACGUACAUCGUGUAUCUGGCCAGAGCAGCAGCGCCUGGAGCCGCCUGUUCCAACGAGUCUUCCGAGACAACGGCGGAGAUAGAAGAGGACUUUCUCGAGCUGCUGAACUCUGAUACAAGCGAGAACUACCUGGCGGUUUGUGAACGGACUUAUGUUGCCAAUGUCUCCGUCGGUAUUCACCUGCUGGACAUCGCGCCGGAGUCAGCCUUGGAGUCGUUCACCCAUCUUCUAGUGUCCACUGCCUCUUCGGGAGCCGAGCAGUCUACGCCCAUGUCGACCCCCAUUCUGGACAUCAAUAGUAGCAUUUCCAAUUUGCUCUUCGUCGACCAGGACUUGGACGAGGAUGAGCUUGGUGGCGACAUUCUCUGGCUUGCGCCGACAGAUGUGAGGAGGGUGCUGGGCUACCGGGUCUACCUGAGCACAGGGCUGCGGGCGGGGCAGCCGAGGUCCCUCAUAGGUUCAGAGAUAGCGGUGGGCACCACGCAGACCUUCCUCCCUGCCGAAAGCUCCAUGCAAGCAUGGACGCACAUUGCAGUUUUCACCCGCUCGCAGCUCGUGGAGCAGACGACACCGGCAGGUGCAAGCAUCUCCGACACUUCGUCGUCGGUUUCGGCCAUGGACUUUCCUGACGAUGAUUUGGAUCAGUUUGAAAUUGGCGGUGUGCUAUCCUGGAAGAACCCCAGCGACUUCAGCGAGGUCACCGAUUACGAGGUCUACCUCGCCGAAGACAGCAAUGGCACGAACCGCUCCUACCUGGGCAAUGUUUCGGUUGGCACCAACAGUUUCGAUGUUCCUGCAGAGACGGGAUUGGAAUCCUUCAGCCACUUGGUAGUGUACACACGCUCUCCACUGGUGGAGCAGAGCACGCCGGAAGCUUUGCGCAUCAUCGAAACUGUUGCCAGCGUCUCCACGGUUAGCUUCGUGGACCUGGACUUGGAUACCGACGAACUUGGAGGUCGCUUGCUGUGGCAAGAACCAUCCUCCACCGAGCGAGUCGAGUUUUACGUGGUGUACCUUGCGCUGGACUCGGUCGGCACUGGCCGCUCCCUAGCUGCUGGCGGCUUGGCGUGGAUCCAGGUGUCCAACCUUACCUUCGCAGACUACGACUUGGAUGCUGCGGAUAUCGGCGGGCCCCUGACAUGGGAUCCUCCGGGUGAUGUCUCGGCUCCUCAUCUGCAGAUUCGGAGUUCCAGUGGCCUGUAG